AUGGACGACAAACCAGGAGAAGGAGAGGCGCCGGAUUCAUCAGGACCCAAGAUCAUCCGCCCCAUCCCGCGCCGGCCCUUCAAGCUUGCCUUCGCCAGCCCAACUCCUCCAGAAGACGACGAGGAUCGUCCCUCUCCGGGGCCACAAAUCAGCGCCAGCGACCUGCGCUUCCUCGCACCUCACCAGCACACCACCAGCACCCCGGGCAGCUGCAUCAGAGACGGCAGCACCCCGCUCAGCCACACCACCUCGUACCUCAACCUCACUUCUCCAACCCUAUUCGGAAUCUACUCGCCCUCCACAAUAGCUUCUUUCACUAGAGAUGAAGGCGACGACGACCAGGACCUGGAACAGUCUUAUUUCCCGGACGACCGGGACCUCGACCGGAGCGACCACGACACCAUCGCAAUAGGCACCAUCGCCGACAACGUCCCUUCGCCACAUCAUCCAGGCCUAGACGACGAAAACUACGAGCUCAUACGCGAGCGCUCCUCUUCCCUGCACCACUAUCCUUCCACCACCACGCUGCCGACGACACGCCCACGCCCACCACGGAAGCAGCGACAGCAAGUAAAGGGGGAAGUAGCCCUGCAACUCGCCCUGCGCGCGGCCCUGCUCUUCGUCCUGGGCGUCGGCUACGGCGUGCUGGUCACCCGCCUGCCGCAGCACAGCACCCUCGGCAGCGGCAGCGGCAGCGGCAGCCAGCACCUCCGCCUCACUGUCGCGUACGAGUCCCACUACCAGUGGGGCUACCUUGUGUUCUGGGGCGCCGCGGGCGUCGCGUUGGGGAGUCUGUUGCCGUGGUUUGAUCGGUUCUGGGAGGAGAGUGUGGUGAAGCGAAAGACGGCGGGCCGGGUCGUCAAGAUGGUACAGGUAGUAGGAGGCGGCGGCGAGGGAGACGGAGACUCUGACGGAAACGGGGCUGUUGAAGCCCCGGUGAUCGAGAAGUCCUCUAACUCGGCCGCGCCGCAGGCCGACUGGGCGCUGGUUGUGCGCGGCAUCGGUGCCUUCGUCGGCAUAGUCUUUGCCAUCCGCCGGCUGCCCUGGGCCUCGACCAUGCAGGUGUCGCUGACACUGGCCCUGGCGAACCCCUUCCUCUGGUACCUCAUCGACCGCUCCAAGCCCGGGUUCCUGCUGUCUGCCGCCGUGGGGCUGGCGGGGACGCUCGUUGUCGUGCUGACGGGGCUAGGGGUGCACCCGGAUGUCAAGCUGAUGCCUUCCCCCGCCUCUUCGGGGACGGGGCCGGCUGCCUCGCUCUCCGAAGUCCCUUCUUUUUUUCUCCUUGCCAAUAUCACGGGAACCGCCGGGUAUCCUGCCCGUGACGGUGGGACACUUGGUGGGUUGGCCAGCCAGGAGACGAUCGAGACCGUCAUCUGGAUGCUGAGCGUGCUGUUCUGUAGUUGCGUGUGCUUUGGGAAUAUUGGCCGGCGGCUGGCGCUGAACUCUUCUGCUGCGGGUAGGGGACGGUGGGGAGGGGUGAGGUGA